CGUUCAAACAGAGUGUGGCGUGUAAAUUAUCACACCAGAAUCUGCUUUCCCAAAUGUUGGAUUUUGGCAAAUCCAAUUACCAUAGUAAGCAGACAUGCCAAGUUCGUUCUAAUCUCUUUGUGGGAAAGGUGAAAAAUGUAAUUUUGACCAAAUGUUGCUGAACAAACUCUUGCUCAGCACUCAAAAGGCAAACAGAAAAGCGCCAAUGGGAGAGACCAAAAAAUCCCCAUUCUCCUCUAUAAAAAGGGUCUUCAUUUUGAAGAGGAAAAGCCAAGAAAAACCCAAGUGGUAGUAGAAACACAGUGUAGUGUUUAUAUUAUAGUGUAGUACCGGAUUUUAGAGCCCAUAAUUCAGCCAAAAUUCAUAAAUGAGGAAGAAUCCGAAACUGCCUCAUUUGUAAGCCUGUGCUUGGCUUGCUUGCAUGCCCACCACUUUGCCUUAAACACCCAUUUCUCAGUUGUGAGUUUUGUGACCAUUGAAAAACUUGAAAAACAUCCUCCUUUUAGGGCUAUAAAACUGGUUUUGAGGUUUCAGACACCCUUUUGUAUACAGUUUCUGUAGAGGGUUCUCACAUAAAGAAAAGAGAAAAAAAGGAAAAAAAAAAAACAAAAAAAAACAUGUCUUUUUCUGAUGCAGAGCUCGAGGUGCAGCUUAAGGAUGCUGCGAAUGGCCUUCUUGACCCUCCUUCCUCCACUGAGGAGCUUCUCAGUCUUCUUGAUAGGGUUGAAGAGGUGUUAACGAAUGUUGAACAAUCACCAUCGAAAUCUCUGCAAGAUGCACUUCUACCAGUAAUGAAGGCAUUGAUUUCUGAUGAACUUUUGAGGCACUCAGAUAUGGAUGUCAAGGUUUCAGUUGUGUCUUGCAUCGCUCAAAUUACGAGAAUAACUGCGCCAGAUGCUCCUUAUGGCGAUGAUCAUAUGAAGGAAAUUUUUCAGUUGUCUGUAGCAGCUCUCGAAAAUUUGUCUCAAUUCUCAGGCCGUUGUUACACCAAGGCAAUGUCUAUUCUUGACGUUAUCGCAAAGGUCAGGUCAAGCUUGAUAAUGCUAGACCUUGAAUGUGAUGCAUUGGUUUUUGAGAUGUUUCAACAUUUCUUGAAUCACAUUCGGUCCGACCAUCCAGAGGCUGUAUUUUCAUCUAUGGAAGGGAUAAUGUCACUGGUUCUACAUGAGAGUGAAGACAUUCCCUUGGAUCUUAUCAGUCUUCUUUUAGAUAGUAUUAAAAAGGAAAAUCGGAAUAUAUCACCUAUCUCUCGGAAAUUAGGGGAGAGUGUUAUCACUAAUUGUGCUGCUACACUCGAACCCUAUCUUACGGAAGCAGUGAAGUCACUGGGUAUUAAUGUGGAUGAUUAUGCUGAAAUAGUGGCUUCCAUAUGCCAAAAUGGAAAGCAGGAUCUCAAACAUAAGUCUGCUAAUGAUGUGAAGGACAAUUUGGAAAAUGAGAACAAGUUGGUGAAGAAUACUGCUUCAAAUGAACCACCCCAGGAGACAAAGGGACUUGCAUCAGAUGUUGUCUGUCCUGAAAAAACUAACCAAACUGCUGAUGCUAUGAGCAAAUCAACCAGUAAUGGCGCUCCGUCAACUAUCAAACAUGACAACCCUUCUCAAGAAUUACAACGCGGUUUUCUUAUAAGAAAUUCCAAAAGAGCUGAUUCAGGAGGUCUUGCUGAACCUAACAGUCCACUCUCACUUAAGGCAGACAAAACUAAAAGUGAGCCAGACUCUGACAAAUAUGAGAGUGACCCUGAAUCUGUUCCUAGAAAGAGUGGAAAUAAGAGAAAUUCUUUGAAGAAUCGAGAGAAAGGCCAUUCUGCAAGAGCUGAUUCAAAAGGUAUUGCCAAAACUAAGAGUUCACUCUCUGUGAAGGCAGAAACGUCUCAAAAUGAUCCAGACUCUGAUUCCAAAAAGAGAGGCCAAAAAUCAAAAUCUUUGGUCAAACCAGAGGAAGGAAAUUCCAAAAGAGCUGAUUCAAGAGGUGAUUCUGAGCCUAAAAGUUCACUCUCUGUUAAGGCAAAGUCUGGAAAUGAGCCAGAUUCAGUUCCCACAAAGAGAGGAAGGAAACCAAAUUCUUUGAUGAAUCCAGAGGAAGGCUACGACCAUUCUUGGUUAUGGAGUGGAAGGAAAACUUUAGGACUUGCUCGUUGUAGAAAGUCUCGUGUGAGGAGCACUGGCAGUUCACCAUCUGGAAAUUCAGUUUCGAAGAAGGCCACUUCUCCAUCAACACUUGAAAAUAUGGCUGUUCAAGCAGGCUUGCAAUCUGAACUUGGUGAGACCAUAGGAGAUUCUCCAUCCGAAGAUCAUAGCAUUCCUGAUGGAACUAAAAAGGGCCACCCAAAGAGAAAAGGGGCCAGUUUGAAUCGAGAAGCCGAUAUCAAGUCUCCAUCCAAGUUGAAAGGAGAACUAUUGACUGCUGAGGUUGAGGAGAAGACUCCGAAAAAGGAACUUGAGGAUAUUAUUCCUGCAGACGAGAAAAAAGAGGAGCACUCAACAAAACUCGGAGUUUCUGCAAUGACAACUGCAAAGACAAAAGAUGAGACUGCCGUUGCUUCUGCACAGAUGGAAGCGGAAGACCCUCGCCACCCCGAGGAAAAACUGCAACAGUCAACUGUGAAACUAGAAGCUUCAAAUGUCAAUGAGAAUUCAUCAGUCAAAGGGGGUCGUAAGAAAAGGAAAAUGGUUAAUGAUUCUCCUAAGAAAGAUGUUAAUGAAGAAUCUGGUCUUAAGAAAACAAUCUUUGAGACUGAAACCAAAUCAUCAAAUGAAGAUGAAAGUUACUUUGGAAAAAGCGGUAAAACGCUAUUCAAGAGGAAGCGUGUCAUUGGAAAGGAAGAGGCAUGUGAAUCAAUUGACUUUGGGGAACUCAUGGUUGGUCGCAGAAUAAAGGUUUGGUGGCCGAUGGAUAAAAUGUUUUAUGAAGGUGUUAUUGAUUCAUAUGACCCUAUCAGAAAAAGGCACAAGGUGUGCUACAUUGAUGGUGAUGUAGAAAUAUUAAACAUGAAAAACCAACGAUGGGAAACGGUUGGACAUGAUUCUUUGGCAGAUAAAGAUCAAAAGAGUGAUCUUCCAGGACUGGACACUUCAUCCCCUAUCAGUCCCCAAAAGGAGAAACAGAAAGCAAAGUCAGAUCAGAAAAAACAAAGAAAGGAUGAUUGUUCCCCAGAAAGCAAUCCACAAAAGGGAAAGUGGAAAACAAAGUCAAAUCAGAAAACUCAAGUGAAAAUAUCAAGUCCAGAAAAAGAAGAAAAGGCUGAUUAUUCCCCAGAGAGCAUUCCUCGGAGUGGAAGAGGAAAAACAAAGCCGGAUCAGGAAAAACAAGCAAAAAGGUCAGGUCAAGCGAAGGCUCGUUCUUCCUCAAAAAGCAAUCCUCGAAGCGGAAAAGUGAAAAUGAAGCUGGACAAGGGAACACAAGAUAAAAAGUCAAAUCAAGAAAAGCAAUCAAAAGAUGAUUCCUCCUCGGAAAGCAAUCCACAAAAGGGAAAGCGGAAAAGAGAGUCAGAUGAGGGAGAACAAGCAGAAAAAUCAGAUGAAUCAAACCCAGUGAAGGCUGAUUCUUCCUCGAAAUGUAAUCUGAAAAAGGGAAAACAGGAGCAAAAUUCAGCCAAGGAAAGACAAGCCGAAAAAUCAGAUGAAUCAAAUCCAGUGAAGGCUGAUUCUUCCUCGAAAUGUAAACUGGAAAAGGGGAAACAGAAGCAAAAUUCAGCCAAGGAAAAACAAGCUGAAAAAUCAGAUGAGUCAAAACAAGCAGCAAAGGCUGAAUCUUCCUCAGAAAGCAAUCCAAAAGAGGGAAUGCAGAAAAGGAAGCCAGAUGGGGAAAAAGAGUCUGACAAAGUAGAUGAGUCAAAGCAAGCAAAGGCUGAUACUUCCUCAAAAAGAGACGAAAUGCCUGCACCAGAAUCCAACCUCGGGACCGACGUCAAAUCUGUGGAAGACACAACAAAGACAGGUGAAAUACUGAAAGAUGAUGGCCAAAUGUCCGCUGGAGAUUUGGAGGCAGAUACACCUAAGGCUACUUCUGACUGCAAGGAAGAUAGUCCUAAGACUCUGGCCUCGUCCGAGGGAAAGAGCCCCGAAGCUGAUAUAGGUUAUGACAGUGAUGAAUGUGCCAACAAACUGGUGGAAAUGAGCAAAGGUGGGAAGGAAGAGUGAUUUUUCUGUUCAUCUGCAUCAGAGAAGUCCCUGGACAGAGAAAACUCAGUGAGGGGAGGACUCAAGAAUGCAUAGUUUUGACUUCGUUAAAGAUAGUGUCGUUUUGUUGCCGUUGUUUUGGUUUAGUUAAUACACACAGAAAACUUGGCCACAGA